AUCCCCUCUGCCUGUUCCUCCCAAAUCCCAAUCCCCAACGCCGCGCCACCACCGCUAGCUCUUCUCUCGCCGCGAUCGAUCCAUCCAUCCAUGGGGCGCUACUGCGAGUUGGUACCUGAAAGCGUGGGCAAGCGCGGCGAGAUUAUCGGCCCCGUGGACUAUGGGUGCGUGCGGCGGCUCCGUCACCGGCGACUCGUCACCUAUCUCUGGAUCAACGGUUUCAGCGACACCUUCAGAGGGCUGCUCAACGAGACGAAUUCGUUCAUGAGCACCAUACAUCUGUCGCGGCUGGUGGAGCAGGGCCUGUGGGGCGACGCCAUCGCCUACAUCUCCCGCUUCCUGGGGCCACCCAUCGACCCGCAGAGCGACGAGGCCAAGGUCCUCCACUACUUCCUCAGGCAUCACAAGGCAUUCCACAGCAUGGUCACCGGCGACCACGACAUGGACGUCAAGCGCCUCUACCAAACCUACAAGCAGUACCCCAAGCAUGAUGACUCUGUAUCCCGAGAUGCACUCAGGGUGCGGUCCAUCACCACCACCCUACUCUACUCGGAGCAAAUCAGGGCCUCCCUGGACUGGGAACGCGUACGUCUAAAGGCAUCGGAUAUCGUUGAGGACUUGGCAAAUAAGGUACCAGAGUUGACAAGCCUCGUGGUAUUGCCGGGAGGCUCAAUGUUUCCGCACGAUGUACUUCCCAUAGGGUUCGGCUUCCGCCGGAGGCGCCACCUGAAGCAAUAUUCACUGCCAAGGCCUAAAACACUUGCCAAGCUUUAUCUUGAGAGGAAGAAGAUGAUAUCUUCUUCGCCUGAGCAUCACCCGUUAAACCGAGGAUUGACAGAUAAGACGAGGAAGUGGCUGGCAGAUAUUAUCGAUGAAAGUUUACAAGCUGGUUAUCCUUUGGAGCUUAAAUCAAGUGGGAAGAAAGAUGCACCUGUUGCUCCAGAUUCCCAGACUACAUAUAGUACCUUGGCAACUGCUGCUACAGGUGCACCUCUUGCUCCAGAUUCACAGACUAGCUUUGUUACCUUGGCAAUUCCUGCUACAGGCGAAGUCAGUGCAGGUGCCCCUGUUGCUGGAGUCGAGCAGACAGUAAACUUGACAAGCAGUGGAAAAAGCUCUGGGAUCUCAUCAAUGGCGAAUGCCGAUGCACCUGUUGCUCCAGAUUCGCACACUAUGUUUGGUACUUUGACAAACCCUGCUAUAGGUGCUCCUGUUCCUCGAGUCCAGCAGACUGUAAAUUUGACGAUAAGUGGAAAAAACUCUGGGAUCUCAUCAGUGGCGAAUGCAGGCACAAGCAAGAAUUUGGGUCAAGAAAGUGGUUAUACUGAGAGCUCUUACCAGUUUUCCCAUCUAAGAAAGAACACAAGGUCAGAAAUGGCAACUGAAGAGGUUUAUUCGGAUGCAAAAAGGCAACGGACUACCAAGCCAUUUGGUGAAGUGAAAAGCGAUUGACAUUGCGCACCUAACUGCCUGAUGGGCGGGCGAGGCGGCAUUGACCUACUAUUGGUGCUUUUGGCAGAACUAGCGGUACUGUUGGGGCUUGGAACUAGGCUGUUCUGAUGCUGUUGAUGUUUUUUUUUUUUUUGAGUGUUCACCGGGGGAGGCGCAAGGCCUCCACCUGCAUAAUUUUCAUUGAAAUCCCCAGGGUUUUACAGCAGCAUUGUACACGGGGACGAGGGAGGCAGCGCCCAACGCAAUUUCUACGUCAAACCUGAUUUAGGACUAAAUCGAACCCACUUUACAAGUGCGUGCAUAAAAUUCUGUAAAUUAUAAGUAUGAGAACUAAAUUGAGCUACAAGAACAAGUAUAAGGACUGAUAAUGUAUUUAACUCUGA